UUGAAGUUAAAUUCAACACUCUGUCCAUAGUCCAAAAUGCCUAGAGAACGACGUGCGAACAUCGGCCGCCGCACAAGACAUGCAAGCCAGCAACAAGUCUAUUCAAGGAACUUAAGAGAAGAAAGACAAAAUAUAAUAAGAGAAAAUGACCGAUUGAGACAUCGCGUGAGCACACGAAGAUCAUUGGCAUCAUACAAUCGCUUGGCAUUCCAAUAUGAUCCCACUGCGAACUACAGUGAUGAUGAAAAUUUGGAUAUUGGACGAAUGACGACUAUAUGCCGAUAUUGCAAUGCGUUAAAGUUCAAAAGAGAAACGGUUGGAUUGUGCUGCGCAAGUGGAAAAGUCAAACUGGAUCCAUUACUUACACCACCACAGCCACUGAAAACAUUGUUUGAUGGAAGUGAUCCCGAUUCCAGCCAUUUUCUUCAACACAUCCUUGAAUACAAUAACUGCUUUCGCAUGACUUCCUUUGGAGCUAAUAUCAUUCGAGAAGGCGGCUUCAUGCCGACUUGCAAGAUACAAGGUCAAAUAUAUCAUUUGCAUGGUUCAAUGGUGCCAACCACACCAGAUGAACCGCAUCAAUUUCUGCAAAUAUAUUUCAUUUCGUCGAUGGUGGAUCAGCUGAACGUGCGGUGCAAUAUACAGGGAGCACAACAGUUAAAGAGACGAAUUAUUGAACAGUUGCAAGCAUUUUUUCACGGUAAUAAUGCUGUGGUUAAUAUGUUCAAAACAGCAUUGGAACGAAUGCCAUCGGAUACGCACAAAUUUGUCAUAAGAGCGGAUUGUACUCCAACAGGUGAACAUGUGCGAAGAUUCAAUGCACCCACCGUUAAUGAUGUUGCUGCAAUUAUUGUUGGCGAUCCAACUAAAUCACGAGACAUUGUCGUUCAGCGAAGAAGCAAUAUCAUGCAUCGUGUAAACGAGACACAUCGUUUGUACGAUGCGUUACAAUAUCCAAUCAUUUAUUGGCAAGGGCAAGACGGAUACGACAUCACGUUGAAGAUGGUCGAUCCAAUUACAGGAGUAUCAACGAAUAAUAAAAAUCUAAGCGCAAUGAAUUACUAUGCGUAUCGUAUGAUGAUUCGUACACAUGAGGAGAAUGUCAUUCUGAAGUGCGGUCGGCUAUUCCAGCAAUUCGCUGUCGACAUGUAUGUCAAAGUCGAGACCGAACGUUUAGCGUUCAUCAGAUUCAAUCAGCCAAAGCUACGAUCUGAGGACUAUAUACACUUGCGUGAUGCUAUUCAUUCAGAUGGUGAUGUUCAGAAUAUUGGACGACUGACGGUUCUCCCAUCAACUUAUAUCGGAAGCCCACGCCACAUGCACGAAUACGCUCAAGACGCUAUGACGUACGUGCGAAAUUAUGGAACUCCGGAUUUAUUUAUUACGGUCACAUGCAAUCCGAAGUGGACGGAAAUUGAACGCGAGUUGGAACCUGGUCAAAAACCGCAAGAUCGCCAUGACAUAAUCAAAUUUUUUUUCUUUAUCUUUAAAUCACCAAACGAAAUGUUACAUAAAACGAAUCUGGUGGCGAAACGGAGUUCGCCGGGUCUGCUAAAAGCUAUGUUGUACAAUAAGAUUAAGAUAAUGCAUUUUCCUGGAAAUCCACAGUCAUCACAAUGA